AUGUCGCAAAAGGCUGUGGACUGCGAUGCUGUUGUCAUCGGUGCAGGUUUCAGUGGCAUCAGGAGUCUCUGGGAACUGGAUCAACUCGGCCUAACCGUGAAGUGCUUCGACGCAGCAUCAGAUGUUGGAGGCACAUGGUACUGGAAUCGCUAUCCUGGAUCUCGAACCGAUGGCGAGGCAUGGAUCUACAUCUUGAACUUUGCGCCAGAGUUGCUUGAGGAAUGGAAUUUUCACGAACGUUACCCUUCUCAGGAAGAGAUUCAACGGUACCUGGGUCGUGUUGUUGACCGAUACAAUCUGCGCAAAAGCAUUCAAUUUGAUACGCGAGUUGUGGCAGCCUGUUACAGUGAUAGCGAGAACAUCUGGACAAUCACCACCGCAGACGGAUCGUCCACCACCUGUCGCUACUUUCUACCGGCUACUGGGAUUCUGUCAGUUCCAAAGAAUCCGCCUUUCGCCGGACUCAAAUCCUAUAGGGGCGAGUGGUAUCAGGUGUCCAAUUGGCCAGCGCACAAGCUUGAUUUCCAAGGCAAGCGCAUCGCUAUCGUCGGCACGGGCUCGACUGGAAUCCAUCUCAUCCCCAAGCUUGCGCCGGUGGCUAAGGAAUUGACUGUGUUUCAACGCACGCCUAACUACGUGCUCCCGGGGCGGAACUAUGCCAUCGACGAGUAUCAGGCUGUGGACAUCAAAGCGAACCACGAUGCCACCUGGGAAAUUGCAAUGAACAACCCGGCCGGUCAUGCAUUUAAGUCAUCGGGGAGAACGGUCAAGGGAGUGGGAGACCCGGAAAAGAUCAGGCAGAUUUUCGACAGCGGCUGGGAGCGUGGAGGUUUCAAUUUCCAGCUCGAGACCUUUGAUGAUUGUUUCAUGGACCCGGAGUCUAAUGAAGAAAUGUCGGAAUUCGUUCGCCAAAAGAUCCGCGCCAUCGUCCAAGACCCGGUUACUGCAGAGAUCCUGUGUCCCAAAUAUCCCUUCGGCUCCAAGCGCCCGCCUGCUGGCCACCACUACUAUGAGACAUUCAAUCGUCCCAACGUCAAACUGGUGGACAUAAGCCAAGACGAAAUUGACCUUUACGAAAAGGGAAUCCGAGCGAAGUCCGGGGCGGAAUAUGAGUUCGACAUGAUCAUUUUCGCUCUGGGGUUCGAUGCGGGGACCGGCGCGAUGAACGAAAUAGACAUUGUGGGGAGCCAUGGAAUGCCGCUAAAGGAGUAUUGGGCAGAUAAGCUGCGAACGUUCGCUGGAGUCCUGGUCCACGGAUUCCCCAACAUGUUCAUCGUCUGCGGGCCCCACGUACCUGCGGGAAAUCUGCCAACCUUUGUCGAGAUAGCCGGAGCCUGGAUCGGCAAGACUAUCCGCCACAUGGAGGAGAACAAAAUUGCCACCAUCAACGUGACGGAGAAGACUCAGGAUGCCUGGACCGAUCAUGUCAACAAUCUAUGGGGCUCCGUAUUCAUCUCGGAACAUGCCAAGGCAAACCGCUCUUGGUUCGUGGGCACAAACGUACCUGGGAAGCCUGCGAGGAUCAUGUUCUACUUCGGAGGCCCCCAACUGUGGAAUUCUUGGCUCGAGCAAGAGAGUAAUGGAGGGUGGGCAGGCAUGGACUUUAGUCCUCCUGCGUCCACCAACAAAGUGAACCAAGAGAUCUUGGGUCAAAAUGGAUCAGUUAAUGGGCUACCCGUUACAGCUCAAGCGCUCGAGUCGAUUAUUCUGCCCUUGCAAUCCGACAAGGUUGGUAUGUCCCCAGCCGAGAAGUUCAAUCACAUCUCCGCUGCCUCGGCUCGGUACAUCGAUUGGGCGGUCAAGGAGGUCCAGGAGCGUCGACUGGCCGUCAAGCAGGAUUAUCGCGCCCACUGGUGGAAAGUGUUGCGAGAUUUCGUAAACUCGGAGUCCGGGCAGGCUAUCAUCCAGCAGAGUCCAAGUACGAAACAAGAACUAGAGCAGCUUACUUCUAAGCUGGGUGUUGAAGGCGAGGCCAUUGCCCGCAUCGGGCCUGAGAUAGUGAACCUGCUGAUUGGCAAAACCCAUCCCCUGGUCCACAUUCUCAGGGAUGAUCUGCUCUUCCGCAUGUACCUGUCGGAUGAGGGUGCCAGACCAAACCGGUAUGCGGGUGAAUACGCAAAGAUCCUCACCUCUCAGAAGAAGGACUUGAGGAUCUUGGAGAUUGGUGCCGGAACUGGAGGCACGACCUUCCAAGUUCUUCAAGCAUGCAGCCCCGAGGGCGAGAACUUCUGUGCGGAAUAUGUGUACACCGAUAUUUCAGCCGGCUUUUUCAAGACUGGUCAAACUACCUUGAAAAAAUGGCAGCAUCUGCUGAAGUUUCAAACUCUGAACGUGGAAACCGACCCCGUGGCACAGGGUUUUGAGGCGAAUUCCUACGAUCUAGUCAUUGCGGCAAACGUCGUUCACGCAACACGUUCCCUAACCACGUCGCUGGGCAACAUUCACAAGUUGCUGAAGCCAGGUGGUACGCUGGCCCUCGUGGAGCUCACUCGGUUGACCCCUUACUUCAAUAUGGCUUUUGGCUCGCUUUCGGGGUGGUGGGCGGGUGUUGAUGAGGGUAGAAUAGAGAGUCCGCUGCAGUCUCCCGAGCAAUGGGAUGAGCAGCUCCGGAAGGCGGACUUCUCCGGCGUUGAUCUGGCGGCCUAUGAUCUACCAGAGCCUGAAAGGCAUAGUGCUCUGCUAUUGUCGACGGCACUGGCAACUGGUCCAAUCGUUAAUGGACAUUGA